AUGGAGGCCAAAGAUGCAAAAGUGGACUAUGAAGUACUAGUUGCGCCCGACGGCAAGACAUACUACUACAACAAGAAGACGGGGAAAAGCAGUUUUCGCAAACCCGAUGUACUUAAAGAUUCGGACGAAGACUUCGACGUGGAUCCAUGGAUUGAGUGUAGAAGCAGGCAAGGAAAAGUCUUUUAUCAUAACACUAUCACGAAGGAAAGCAGAUGGGAGAGGCCUGGAGAAAAGAGAAAAGGAAAGACGCUGAUAAAAGGAAUAGGGAUGAACAUGAGGAUAACAGACCACGAAACAUCUAAGUAUCUACUGUACAGGCUAAUGGAGCAGUACAAGGUAGAAAACAUGAAAGAUGUAUUUUAUAAGCUGUCUACAGAGCCUAUAUUCCGGGCGAUAAGAAUGGACGUUCGAGAGUCCCUGGUGAGGAAAUACUUUGAAGAUAAGGAGGAAAAUAACAGGGAGGAGGAAGUCCAAAGGCAGAAAUAUUAUGUAGACGAGGUUUGCAAGGUCGACGUCGGAGUGUCUGAUUUCUUUGGUUUCAACAGUGUAUUUUCGAGACAUCCAUACUAUUCCAGGAUCAAGGACAAGUUUGGAUGCUAUGAGGUGUAUAUUGAGAAGCAUAUGGGGGGUACGACAGCAGGGAAGUUGGAAGAGAUAUUCCGAGCCUGUGGAAUUGAUCUGAACAGCUCGGCAAGCGACGUCCUUAAGAUGAAGGAAAUGGAGGGAUUUGAUAGAAAGGUGGUUCUAUUUUCGUUUAUUCGGUACUUCCGUAGACUUGAAAGAGAGUUUCUGUUGGAUAUCGAGAAGAAAAAAACAUCAAUGGCCGAGAAAAUCCCCCAUUACAGAGAGGAGUUUAGGCAAGUUCUGAACAGUCUGUAUAGUAGAGGGCUGAUCUACUACAAGAUGAAGUUCAAGGAUGCAUUUUAUUUAUUCAAGAACUCAGAGCCGUUCUGGAAUCUUCUGGGGAGUAUGGAGAGUCCCAAGGAGGUAUACUUUGAGUUUGUCAACGAUCUGGAAAACAAGUUGAAAAGAUACGAGAAGGAAAGGACAGAGGAGAUCAGCCAAAUAGACAAAAGAGCAGUGGAUAAGUACUUCGAAGUGGUUUGGGAGGAGAAGGAGGAAGGAGAGAUCUAG